AUGGAGGGCUUGAUCCAGAGUCUCCACGAACGAGAAAGCAGCAGAUGGACUUCUUUCGACGUGUCCAACCACCCUAGAUAUUCCUCCUCACCGAGAGGUCCCUCUCAGCCCGUUGCGGACGAGCAUUUCAGUAUCGUGCCUUCGGAAACAAUCGAUGGCCCAUCUGAGAUCAUCCAACCCUCGACUCCUGGUCGCGGAGUCCCAAAUGUCGCGUCCGGUAGUGACACGGCUGAGCGCCAGAACCCUUCGCAUCUGGGUGUUGGCAAGAUGGACAUGGUGGACAAAAUUCUGUGGUCUUCGAGCACUGCAAGCAAUUUCCACGACGAGAGCUUUGGCCUUAUGAUCGGAGAGCAUGGACAGGAGUAUGCGGGACCGUCUUGCGGCAUGUCUCUCCUAUCCGAUACCGAUCUGCAAUGGAUCCCGCAGAACGCAGACGAUAGUGUCCGUCCUGACAAGCUGCGAGAGAUGGUGAAUAAUACUUUAUCGAAACUCAAAUUGCCGACACGAGGUUCCUACGACGGACCUUGGACCAGACCUAGUCGUCUGCAAUCUAAUCUUCCCUCUAUCAGCGUCGCCAAAAAGUACUUCGAGGUGUACUUUGCUAGGCAGUGGUUAUGGCCGAUCAUCCGGGAAUCGCGCUUUCGAGAAGGCUGUGAGAAGUUUUGGAACGACCCGUCCAGCUGCGACAACACGUGGUACGCCUUGUACAAUGUGAUUCUCGCCCUUGGCUGUCGAGCGUGCCUCUCCUUGGGCACGCCCAAAUCUUUCCAAGACUCGGAGAAGGAAGCGUGGAGCUACUUCGACAACACGGUCUCGGUACAGUCGGACCUGAUGUAUCAGAAGACCUCUCUGCAGGCUGUGCAGACUUUUGCCCUGAUGACUGUCUUCGCGCAGGGCGUCGGUGGCCCUCAGCCUGAAUACAUAUACUGCGCAAUCGCCGUGCGCUUGGCUACCGGACUCGGGUUGCACAAAUACUCGCCCAAAUCCUUAAAUCUGUCCGACGUUGAAGUCGAGGACCGUAACCGGCUCUUCUGGAGUUUAUACUGUCUUGACAAGACGAUCGCUUUCCGGACCGGUCGGCCGUCAUUGCUCGAUGACAGUGAUAUCGCAUGCCCCUUUCCCCGUCACCUUUUCCGCCACUUUGGACCCGAAGGUGAGGGUGAAGAAGCCUCCGAAGAUCGAUUCGACUUCUUCCUCAGCGUGACCCGAUAUUCGCGAAUCUGCUCCCGCAUCAUCAAGAACUUGUAUUCGACUACCUCGCUCAUGCAGACUGCUGAGUCUAGAUCUCGAACUGUGGCUGAGCUGUACGACGAGCUCAAGCAGUGGCGCACCACCACUGCCCGCGCGGGACAAGACGUGUUCAGCAGCUGGACGUCCUUGCGCGAGACCAAGCUGACUUCAACGACGGUUCUCUUCUACCAGAAAAUCAUGCUUGAAUACUUUUACCACGACUGUGUCCUGUCGCUCUCGAAGGCCUGCCGCCUUCAGGACGCGCUGCACAGCUCCAGCAAAACAAGCAUAGGGAGGGGCUCGCAGCAAACGUCGCACAAUCCUCUGGAUCAACUGGCCACCGACUCGCUCGAGUCCGCCCGAUCGAUGUGUCUGAUGACCCAACAGAUUGAUAUCGAAAGCUACACACCCAACUGGUUGGUCAUCUACUAUCCGCUCACCGCCAUCAUAACCCUAUUCUCGCACGUCGUCACGAACCCGCUAUCACCCGCGGCGACAGCCGACAUCGCCCUGAUUCAGUGCGUGAUGGGCCUGUUUGGGCGAAUCGAGUACGUUUCCUCGGGCACCAUCCUCCUGACGCAGAGUGGAGAGUUUGCCAAAAUCGCCUCAUCCGUCGUUGACAAGGCCAAGAACCACGGCGUCGUCUGCGAAAACCCCAGCCCGUCCCAGUCAACGGAGGCGACGACGCACCAACAGAUGGGCGCCGGAGAGGAUCUGCACGAGGUCUCUGGGCCAGAGGGCUGCAACCAAAGCGCCACGCUCUACCCACCGUUCCUGCAGACACAGGCAGGGAACGCUCUCGCAGAUACGUUUGACUUUACUCCCUCGAUGAACGACCAGUAUGAAACACUAAAUUGGUUAGACUGGAACUUCCUUCAGGACGAUGUAAUUACAGCUCGAUAA